AUGGAUGAUGAAGAUGAGGUUUCCAAGAGUCUAUACGAAGGUGGACAUUGGGUAUGGAAUGAGGAGGCAGAGGAAUUAGAAUUUAUUAGCGAUUUGAGGGUGGUAGAAGAAAGCUUAGAACUGUUACCGACUUCUGUAGCCAAUGUGGAAUUCAAAGAUGACAUCGAUUUAUUGGAACAGCAAAAAUUCCGAAAAUAUCUACAAAGAAAAACAGAAGAAAUCGAUUUCGUUACGCUUCAGGAUGUAAAAGACGUUGUACUAUUCACUGCACCACUAGCAGUAAUGUCUUCAUCCCUGAUUAAAAUACUGCAUCAUUGCACAACGGAACGAUUCUUGAGGGCAUUGACCUUAUACACCCAGUAUUAUUUACAGAUUUCAGAAGAAAUGAGUCAUCGUACGUUGGAAUUAGAAACGAAAAUUCGGACUGAGAACAGCGAUAAAAUCGAAAUGAAAUACCGAGAAGACCUAGAAGAUUUACGGCUUUUAGUCGCAAAGGAAUAUUGCAUCAUUAUUUUAGGUGAAGGAAGCCUAGCGAAGUAUCACCACAUGGGCGUGGCUAAAACAGGUUCACUGUCAAAAAAGGAUGCAGUCUUAUUUGAGACACUUGUAAAGUUUUCUAUACAAAUAGUCUGGAUCGCCCUCGGGAGGGUUUGCUACAAUCAAAUUGAGGUGGAGAUAAAUCGCCUAUUCAAGUCGGAAAUAUUUAAUUCAGCGGAACAUAAACUUAAUAUUAAUUAUUACAAACACAUUAAUGAGAGGGAACGAUGCGUUUUACUAGGUCAUUGUGUGAAUCAAGGUCAAAAAUUGACGACGCGGUCGCCAUUACAGAAUGAGGUGUUUUGCCCACGUUAUAUCGAUUUCCGGCAAUUUGGAAUUGGAACUAUUAAAUAUCCUGGAUUAAGCAACCGUCUUCGUCUCCUUGAAAUAUAUUUGACGCAACCAGAACAAAAUUUCGAAGAGUUGCGUCUUUCCAUCGGUAUUUUAGGAUUACCGAGAUCAAAGUUUGAUAUAAUGUUGCGAGAAAUAAAAUCAACUUUAGCCUCUGCAGCAAGUUCUAGCUCAGGUGUUGCCCGAAACUCUAUGGCUCGCAGGGCAUCAAGACAAUCAAGAACUUCGCGAAAAAGUAUUGGCUCUGUCCGUCCCGAAAAAUUAUAUCCGGACAUAUAUCUUCCUGAACAGACUGAAAUUACUAUGGAAUACGACACGUUUCCGGAAGGAGAAAAACCUAAUGUAGUGUGUCACAGAUUUCAACGUGCGAAAUGGUUGAGGUUUGCCGCAGCACGUAGAAAAAAUAAACAUAAAAAAUGA